AUGGCGGACGCAUGAUAGGACAUUUUCACAAUAGUUUUUUUCGGAAUGGCUCGCAAAUUUCUCUAUAUUUUGUUGAGUUUUUUGUGUCUUGUUAUUAAUUCUUCUUAUGGGAAAUAUGUUGAAGGCGAAAUAAAUACGUUAGAGGACUGGGAGUUUAUUACAAGAUUCUGCUUUCUGUCGGCCAAGGGCACACUGAGGUUUACUUUUGAGUAUCCCAUUACAUAUGGUCCACAACAUAUAUUGCUGUACUAUGAUACACCGGAUCAGUGGGAUGCAGUUUAUAAGUCAGACAAGAAUUGUACCGAAAGAAAGGCGGUCAUGAACCCGAGUAAUAAUCAGAUAAUUACUCUAGAUACAACGUCAGGAUGUAAAGUGCAAACCAUUGAUGGCAUACAGAAGUAUAAUUGCACAGACGAACGAAGGUUCAUAGCGGCAAGAGAACGUUGGUGGUAUAUCGCUGUGGCACAUUGUAGACCACUUACUGUAAGUUGGGAACAAGACAGAAAAAUACGCACCCAUGGAUAUUCUGUUUAUUUGCCGCUUGUUGGAAAUUUUUUAUUGCUUCUCUUGAUUCAUACUUGCAACUUGAGGCAGUAGCUGGGAAAUUCAAAG